AUGACAAAAGGAAACGCUGAAUUGUAUGAUCAAUAUUCGUGUUUAGUGAUCGAACUAACAUCCGAGACUGAAAGAAACCAGAAAGAAGUAGAACGUCUCAAACAUGAAAUUUCUCGGCUUGAUGAACAAAAGUCAACGCUGACUCUUGAAAAAUUGAGCUUAGAAUCGUCUCUCAAAGAAAACGAUAUUCACACUUUUCGUAAAGAAUCUGAACGUAAGAUUCAAGAACUAACAACCGAGCUUGCUGUCGUUAAAAAACACCACAAGAAGCUGAUCGCAGAACACGAGAAAAAGUCAAAGUUGUUGACUAGUUACAGAAUAAGAGAAGAACGAAUAAGGACUGAUUCAGAACACGAACGUCAACAACUCAUUGAAGAGGCUGCAAAUUUAAAAGAAAAAGUAUCAGAUUAUAAACAAAAGCUCGAAAAACUAAAGAAUGAAAAAAGUAAUUUAGAAGCUUCUCUUCAUUCGGUUUCCAACAGUUUCGAAAAGCUUAAAGCUGAGAAGAUGUCGUUUUUCAACAAGAUGUCGGAAUUUGAGGAUUGUAAAAGUGAAAGAGAUGCAUUAGAAGAAAAGCUUUCUAGACUGGAGGGCGAUCUAACGGCUAAAAAUGCAUCACGUUUGCAGGAUGCUAAUAUAAAAAAUGAAAUAAGUAGGAUCAAGAGUGCGAAUUUGCAAUAUCGGCUGAAAAUUCAACAGCUUGAAGGCGAAAAGAAAGAAUUGCUUAAAAAAGUUGACGAUCUAACGGGUGUUCAUGAGACUCGUACUCAAGAAGAUACGGACUAUGCUGCAAAGAUGAAGAUGCUUGAAGCUGAGCUUGAUGAGGCUCUCAAUGCAAAUCACAAGUACAGAGUUCAACUUCAGAAGCAAAAGUCUAAGGGGCGUAAUACUCAUUCAUCAGGGAAAUCAAAGGCUGAAGGUGAAGUGGUGACAAAAGAGCUGUUUGAAAAGACGAAAUCAUCUUUGGAGACAGAGCUAAAAGACCUUCGUGACCGUUACCUUGAAAUGAGCCUCAAGUAUGCUCAAGUAGAGGCCGAAAGAGGAGAUCUUGUGAUGCAGUUAAAAACAAACAGUGCAAAGAAAUGA